UGCUGGUGCCGCCGGCGCCCGGCGCCGGCCGACCCCGCGUGUUCGCCGGCGAUCAGACGCACACCAUCCUGCACCAGGGCACGCUGAACCGGACCAAGGUGGCCACAGAGACGUCCCGGCGGGUGCGCAAGAACUGGGCGCCCUGCCACGUGGUGCUCACGGACCGCUACCUGCUGCUCUUCAAGGACGUCAAGGGCGCCGCCGGCAUGUGGGGCUCGGCCGGUCACAGUCCAGAGACGUCGGUGGACCUGGCCGGCGCGCUCGUCUCCUGGCGACCCGACCGCUCCUCGCGCAAGAACGUGUUCGAGGUGUGCACCGUGCACGGCCUCCAGCUGCUGCUGCAGGAGGAGAACUCGACCACGGCUGGCGUCUGGUACGGUGCCAUCCGGGACGCCAUCGCGCGCAUGCCGCAGGGUCUGGACCACCUGCUGGCGCCGGAGCGGCCGGCGCCGCGUGAGGAGCUCCGGCUGACGCGCACCCGCUCCGCUCGCUUCAACGGCGCCGUGAGCGGCAGCCAGGAGGACCUUUCUAGGGACAGUAGCACGAUCCGCGAUCGGCUGCGCCGGUUUUUCCGCGCGCGCCCGCCGGCCGACGCGCUGGUCAGCCGCGGCAUACUGAAAGACGAGUCGGUGUUCGGCGGCCACCUGGCGGCGCUCUGCGAGGCCGAGGGCAGCACGGUGCCGCGCUUCGUGCGCGAGUGCGUGUCGGCCAUCGAGGCCAAGCCGGAGUACAUGAAGAUGGACGGCGUGUACCGGGCAUCUGGCAACCUGAGCCAGGUGCAGCGUCUGCGCUGCGAGGUGGACCAGGACAACUACCAGGUGCUCUGGGACGAGGAGGACGUGCACGUGCUGACGGGCGCUCUCAAGCUGUUCUUCCGCGAGCUGAAAGAACCGCUGGUGCCGUUCGAGCUGCUGCCGGAGGCGCUGCGGGCGGCCGGGCUGCCGGCGCGCGCCGAGCAGGUGUCGGCCUUCCGCUCGCUGGUGGUCGACCUGCCGGCCUGCAACCGGGACACGCUGCGGGCCGUGCUGGGCCACCUGAGCAGGGUGACUGAGCUGCAGGACUUUAACCGCAUGCACGCGCACAACCUGGCGAUCGUGUUCGGGCCGACGCUGAUGUGGCCCGAGCAAGACUCGCCAGACCUGGCGCUUGAUCUGAUGAAGCAGAACCGCGUGGUCGAGGCGCUGCUGGAGAACAUGUCGGCCGUGUUUGGGGCCCCGUGAUCCGCCGGCGCCGCCGCCGCCGCUGACCGGGCCCGGUGGAACGGGACCGCUGCGCUCGGCUCCGCUCAGCCGGCGCUGACGUCAUGGGAGCUGGUGACAAGCGAUGCGGCUGGAGCACCGGCGGCGGCGUGCUGCUCUGGACGCGUCCGUACCGCAGCAGUGAGGCUGCGGAAGAGAAGAGGGGAGGCGUCGGCUGGGGCGAGGCUGUCCCGCGACGCCCGACGCCCGAAUGGCGUCACCCGCCGCAGACUGGUGUGGCGGGUGGCCCGGGGACCACGCAUAAGACCCCUGGUCGUCCGUGUCGAGGUUUGCCCUCAGUGAUCAAGUGGGUGUCUGUGAUGCCGGGUGGUUCUGGCGGAAUGAUCUGCGCGAGAAGUAUGUUUUGAGGUGGGACGACCGUCCCAGUCGCGGGUGGCGCGUCCGGCGCACACCGGCGUACCGAAUCGCGAGUGUUUCCAUGCGGAAACCCGCACAGAAUCUUGUCUAGCUAUUUAAGAUAGUACAUUGUUAUGCUUCUUCUUGGUUACCACGUGCCUCGGCGCUGCUGCAGCCGAUGAGACCGGGCCGUCUGCUGGGCCUGGGAACUUGUGUCAAAAUGGCCGCCCGCCUGUCGGACGCCACGCCAACGGAUGCCUUCCUCUUCCCUCGUCUUCCGAUUUGUGGGGCGGCUCGUAUGCCUGCCGCAGCGCCCCCAGUGAUACUGGAGAUUCCAUUGUCUACAUUUGUUAGCAGUCUGUAUUAUUGCUACUGUAAAUGGAUGUAUAUUGAUGCUAUAUGGUGGUAAUACAAAGCUCGGUAUUUUG